CACUUUGCUCGUCGCCAAAAUUAGCUAAUAACAAAAGAAAAACACGGGAAGUUGUUAAUUAAAAAGGUGACCUAGAUUUGGAGACAGAACGUCAGACGACGCAUUGCAACGCCAUGUCGUUGAAGAAGGAGCUGCAAAUACUCGCGAAACCCUACUAUUGGGUUAAUAUACUGCUGGCAAUCUCAUAUCUGCUGGCAAAGAAAACGAAGGUGAUUUGCACACGCAUUUUUCAGCAUGCUGGUGAGGAUGACGUCUGCGAUAUGGACAGCCGCGAGGUGGAGAUACUGUUCUUUCUGCUGAUUGUGGUCAUGAUACGGUCCCGCAAAACAGGCAGUGUUACCAUGAUCAACUAUCUAUCUUCAUCGUUCCUGUACACAAAGGUGGCCAAUAUGAUACUUUGGUCCUAUGCUGACUUCAGAUAUGGAUUGGGAUUUCUGCUAAUGUGCAUCUUGGUCGGCAUGCUGCUGCCGGAGCCAUCGUACCGUGGACCUGAGCACAUCACCUACUUCCGCAAUGCGCAGGUCUUCGAGGAGGAACUGACGCGUGACAAGCGCACAACUUGGUUGAUUUGCUUCUACACGGUUUGGAAUCCCAGCUGUGUUAACUUUGCGCCCAUAUUCGCCGAGUUGUCCGCGGAGUACAACACCGAGCUGUUAAAGUUUGGAAAAAUCGAUAUUGGUCGCUUCCCGGAUGUCGCACAAAAGUAUCGCAUAUCGGACAGCAGCUUCUCCCGCCAGCUGCCCUCUGUCAUACUGUUCCAGCAGGGUAAGGAGGUGGAUCGCCGACCUUGUGUCGAUGCCAAGGGCAAGCUGCAAAAGUUCUUCUUCUCCAGCGACAAUGUGCGUGCCACCUUUGGACUGAAUCAGCUCUACAAACAGGCCGUGGAGCGGCUUCCGGCCAAACCAGCGACAGUGGAGUCCAAGAAAUCCAAGUAGUUCAAUGAAUUUACCAAAUGCCAUCUCACUUCAACGCUUGUACGUGCUAGCAUUUGUUGAUUGUUUAGCUUUUAGUUAUUAUAAUUUACGAAAACCUCGAAGACACGUACGUAAUCGUACUACAACUAUGUAACUAAAAUUAUAAACUGUAACUAAUGCAUUUGCAUACAAAUUGCAAAACACGUUGCCAUUACCUAAUUUAUUAUUUGUUCAUUUGUUUAAUUUGUAGCUAAAUUCAAGUCAUAAAUCGUAAUUAAUAAAAUUGUAAUAGAAAUCUGAUCAAGUCAA